AUGUGGGAAACUCGACUGAUUUCGCCGCCGAGGCGGUCAUUGAGUGCGCCCUGCGCGACAAUUCGUCAUGUAUGCUCUUUUUCUGCCGAUGAAGACGUCGAAAGGGAGUUGCGUGCGGAGGUGGUGGAGGCCGCCUCGUCUCUCUUCAACCCUCGCUUGCGCAUAACAAGGGCGGCCUUCUUGUUUCCUUCUUUUACUGCGAGUGCCUCGUCUAGUGGCGAAACAACAAAGGGCACUGACGCAUGGCAGGCUUUAUUAAACUCACGCGUGUGUGGACGGAAAGAGGUUGUUGGCGAGCCGAUUCUUUUUGACCGUCUUAGAACGGCCAAUUCACAAAUAAAUCUUUUGAAUAGCAUGAACGGAUACACACUUCAACGGUGCGCUGAGCUUGAGGAAGAGAACAUAUCACUUAGUCGUACAUUGAAGCAACUCCUUGACGAGAAUCGACAAUUGAGUGAGCGACUUCAAUCCUGUUUGAGGGAGCUUUACGACGAGAGAAAGCUGGUAGCAGUGCUGCAGAGCGAGUUGGAGGCAUCCCAACACGAAAAAAGCGCUCGGGAAGUAUCGAAAUGA